AUGCCCGGGAAAGAUGGCCUCGAUCUUGUGGCAGCCGUGCGAGACAUUCCCAACCUGGAAGACACGCUCGUCAUCGUGCUCAGUUCGUCGGAACGCCCUACGACAAGAUCUCGCUGCGAUGAACUUCAGGUUCAGUCUUUCCUGAUGAAACCUGCUAAGCAGUCGGAGCUUUUUGAUUCGAUUAUCGUCGCGUUAGGCGUAGUCGCUCCGGAAGACGAAAAUGAAUCAAAGUCACUCGACCGCUCGAGCAAUAUAGGACCGCUAAACGUAUUGUUGGCUGAGGAUAAUCGAGCGAACCAACGUCUGGCGAUCGCAUUGCUGGAGAAAUGGGGACACACGGUCACGUUGGCGGAAAACGGGAAGGAAGCUGUCGAGCUUUGGCGGCGUCAAUCCUUUGAUUUGAUCAUUAUGGAUGUCCAGAUGCCGGAGAUGGAUGGCCUUCACGCGACGAGAAUCAUUCGUGCUGAAGAAAAAGCGACCAGCAAUCAUAUCCCCAUUAUCGCGAUGACCGCCCACGCGUUAGCUGGUGAUCGCGAAAAGUGUCUGGAGUCCGGGAUGGAUGGCUACACGUCAAAGCCACUCCGCAUUCAAGAGUUACACCAGUCCCUUUCAGAAUUGUUCAGUACUUCUGGUAAAACGGAGUCCUCGCAAGAUAUUUCAGCCGAGGUGGCUGAAAGCACCAUGGAUUGGUCACAUGCACUCAAAGCGUGCGACGGGGACAAAGAAUUAUUCGUUGAUUUGCUUGGUCUUUUCCUGGAAGAAACUCCAACGUUGCUAGAUCGUCUUGACCAAGCCAUCGAAACGGAAGACUUCGAGGCUAUCUACAGGGCGGCCCAUACCAUCGUUGGUUCGCUGAGAAUCAUUGGCCCCACCGAAGCGGGGACACUCGCCAGCGAUAUUCAAAACGCAGCCCAUGAUCAGCGUUUAGACGGCGUCCAGUCCCUUACGCCAAAAUUAAGAGAAGCGAUCGGCGGCCUCCUCCAUGAAGCUGCCUUGCAACUCAAAGCGAACGAUUAG